CCUCACCAAAUUCCUCAGCUUUCUCUCUCACUCAAACACGGGCAAGAAGCGGGGGUGGGGCGGGGAUCCUCUCUUGCCUGCAAACCUAUCACACCCCAGGGCGAGGGGAAACGUCUUCUCAACCUGAGGUAUUCACCCAACGCCUGCCCCUGAGGAAGCUUUGAUCUUUGUGCAUCUCUCAGACCAUGUCCACUGGCUCGCUCAGCGAUGUGGAAGACCUUCAGGAGGUGGAAAUGCUGGAAUGCGAUGGCCUGAAAAUGGAUUCUAACAAAGAGUUUGGGACGUCGAACGAGAGCAACGAAGAGGGCUCCAAUUGCGAGAAUGCGUCCCCCCAAAAGGGGAGAGGCGCCCCAGGCAAGAGGAAAAAGGCUCCCACCAAAAAGAGCCCUUUAAAUGGAGUGAGCCAAGAGGGGAAGCAAGUCCAGAGAAACGCUGCCAACGCCAGGGAGAGAGCGAGGAUGAGGGUACUCAGCAAAGCUUUCUCGAGGCUUAAGACCACUUUGCCCUGGGUACCUCCAGACACCAAGCUUUCCAAACUGGACACCUUGAGACUGGCAUCCAGCUACAUUGCUCACCUGAGACAGAUCCUGGCCAAUGACAAGUACGAAAAUGGUUACAUUCACCCAGUCAAUCUGACUUGGCCUUUUAUGGUGGCUGGCAAACCCGAGAGUGACCUGAAAGAAGUGGUGAACACAAAUCGCCUGUGUGGACCUACAGCAUCCUGACCAACCUCAAGCCUAGGAGACCAUCUUCAGUGUGUAAGGCGGGGGAAAUGGAGAGGGAAGCUGGAGACUCUUCCCCCCCACCCCCAAGGAACACUUU